GGUGCUUCGGCCCAGAACAACAAUUGAUACGCCCUCCAAAUGAGUGUCGCCUGCCAAAACAGAAAUAGCUUAUGCGGUAGCUCGGGCAGGUCCCAUUCAGUCGAGGGCCUCCAGCCUGCCGGUCGGUCGUAGCAACAAUGUACGUUACCUUUGGUCACUGCACCUGAACACAACCAAUGAAAACAGUGCCUUGCUCAGCAGCAUCCAAUAGCGAAUGAGAGAAACGAAGGCUAUGGCUCUGUCCCCCUGGGGGCCCCAGAAAUCGUUCCUGAACGCUUGCCUCAAGCUUUGCAGACGCGCUGCAGGCGCUACGACCAUGCUGCCAUCUCUGGUGGUAUCGGCGCUCUUCAUCCUGCUGACACUAGUGCUGGCUCACGGAGCCAGACGCAUGGUGGACAGGCUCAUCAGUGACCCGUUCACGCGUCUACUGUUGCAGGAGGCUAUUGCUGCAGCCGAACUAUGUGGCUGCUGCUUCGAGCUCAUCAUAGUGGCUGACAACUUUGGUGUGUCAACGUACGCCGCAUUUCUGUUUCUGCUGACAAUCUGGUGGUCAAUCAAUUGGGGAGAUGCAACAGCAUGUCCAUACACUCACAUUGAAGAUGUGGUCCUUGGAAAUACAGAUGUACGCACCGCAGUGCUGAAAUCUGCUUUUGAGCUGGCAGGAGGCAUGCUUGUCUUCAAGUACGUACAGCUCUUGUGGAGUCUGGAAAUAGCCGAGACUCACCAUAAUCGGGCAUUUGGUGACUGUUUUACAGACUUACGGGUUCCAGUGCUUUAUGGCGCAGCUAUUGAAGGCUCUGCCACCUGUCUGUGCCGUAUCGCUUCCAAAGCACUGUCUGAACUCCAGCCUCGAUUCAGCACUGCAAUUGACUCUUUCAUUUCAACGUCACUUGUUGUGGCAGCAUUUGACUAUUCGGGUGGCUACUUCAACCCAGUACUGGCAACCUCCCUCAAGUAUGGCUGUCGAGGCAACACGCUGAUCGAACAUGUCGUGGUGUACUGGGUGGGAGCAAGCCUUGGGGCGACAGCAUCUGUCUUCCUGUACCAACAUCCAACAACACAGAAGUUGUUGAUUGGAGGAAAUAAGGAUAAAGAAGAAUAAAAGAAUAAAUUGCUCAAUGUGACAUUUUUUGUGCAGUUCUGGACAACAGGAUAUGCACAUACAAACACAAACUCUGCCUUGCUGAAUUUUUACCACAGCUGCUUCUCAGGAAACACGCAAUAAAGCAGUCAGUAGCGCAACCAUGAAGAGUACAAAUUUUUGUUGUUCUUGAUAGAUCCUGUGAUAAUGUGUACUGACUGUUAUGUUUCCAGAUUCUAUUGAAUAAAGCAAUGAAACCUCAGAAUUAA